AUGCUUGGCCCAGUUGUUGUGGUUGUUGUUGCCUUCCUGUUCCUCAGAGUGGGCGGCGGCCUUCGGGGAUUCCGACCAACACAAUGCAACUUGAUUUACAAAAACGCUUGCCAUCAAUACCGGGAAGUGGGAAAUCAUGACAUUAUCUGCCGCAAAAGUGUGCAACAUAAGUUUUGUCAACAAACUUGUAAUAGCGGCAGUUGUCGUUUGCAUUGUCAUGCUCCAAACUCGUGCAUUCAGCGGUGUGUGGCUGGCCGUUGCAACAACAUCUUUUGCAAAUCCAAAGAUUGUAGACAAGAUUGCACAAGAGGAAGCUGUCAGUUGAUGGAUUGCGGCGGAGAAACCUGUAGACAAAAGUGUUAUAUAGGUGGUUGUAACAUGCGCUGCUCAAAAGAAGCCAAAAACUGCAUACAGAAGUGCCAAUCGGGCAAAUGCACCAUGCGUUGCCCCCACGGCGUAAAGUCAUGCGAGCAGACUUGUGAUGGUGGAAAAUGCAACAUGAUUUGUAAUGCAGAGAAGUGCAUACGAUCUUGUAAAGGAGGAAAAUGUACUUAUAGUGCGAAAUUUACCCGAGGUUUAGAGGCAGUACCUAGUGCAGCACGACACAUCUACUGCAACGACGCUCUUGAGGAAAGUACUUGUAGGCAGACCUGCUCUGAGGGAAAUUGCGACAUGAAAUAUAAAUACAGCCAUCACAGCUCAUUACUCCAGGUGUGUGCUGGGGGAAGUUGCCAUUUCGACUGCAAAGCUCCACGUAAAUGCACCCAGGUUUGCAUUGGAGGAAAAUGUAUGAAAUAUGUAUGCAACUCAAAAGUAUGCGUUCAGGAGUGUGUCGCUGGGAGAUGCACGAUGGAAUGCGAAGCAGAGACUUGUCUUCAGACAUGUAGAGGUGGCGACUGCAAGAUGAGUUGCAUGUCAAAUGUAAAGCAAUGUUUCCAGUGGUGUCCUGGUGGCAACUGUAUUCUUGGAUGCGAGGCAGAACAUUGCAAGCGUUAUUGCCAGUCUGGAAGCUGUGUUACUCCUGCCCAAGCUCCCAAACUCCAGGCAAUCACAAGGAGGGUUCGAUGUGCAAUGCUAACUCGUGAAUGUCAUCAGCAGUGUCCACAGAAGCGAAGUUGUACGUUUCUUGGAUGGUUGCAUUAUGGCAUUUUUCGAUCAAUCAAUCAAAUCUGCAAUGAAGGAGACUGCCGCAGAAUGGAGUGUCGGGCAUCCAACGAAUGCACGCAAACAUGCAACGAUGGAGCCUGCCACUCAAUGUCCUGCACCUCGAGUAUGUGCUCACAAGACUGUAUCGGUGCUAACUGCAAUAUGGAGUGCAAUUCUGAACAUUGCACCCAGAUUUGUCGCGGGGGAGGAUGCCAAAUGAAAUGCACCGAGACAGUUAAAACAUGCAAACAGUCUUGCAAUCCUCAGAAUUUGAACUGCCAGUCUAUCUGUCUCGCAAAAACUUGCGCGGUAACUCUCUUGUAAGAAAAAUAGUCAUUCGUUUUAAGUAUUGCACUUCUUCGAUAAUUUUACGCAUGCGUUUGUGGGUGUUUUGCGGCAUGUAUGGCUGUACUGUUUAUUUGGUUAAAUGAGUUAAGGAAGGGAGAAAAAAAAACCGGAAAGCUCGAUAGUAAACACUUUAAAGAGGUAUUUUACUGACCAAAGUGUUGUAAAGCGCAUUAAACACGAAGGCACGCUAUAAAGGAGCCUUAGGUCCCACUGGACCAU